UAUAUACCUUACAGUAUAAAGCGCCUUGAGGUGACUCUUGUUGUGAUUUGGCGCUAUAUGAAUAAAACUGAACUGAAUUGAAUAACUGGUUAUAGACGGUUAAGGACUGGUUAUAGAUAGUUAAAACUGUCAUAAUGGGUUAUAGAAUGGUUAUAACCAUUAUAGACUAGUUAUAAUGGGUUAUAACUGGUUAUAGACUGGUUGAGGACUGGUUUUCAGCCAUUUUUUUGUUUGAUUUCCAAACGUGGGCUCGGACUGGGUCUUGGACGUGGGGGUUUUUUGACUGAUUUUGAGCUGACCUAGUUUCGUGUCUUCGGACCAUCUCAGUGUCUACUGGGUUUAGACUCUGUAUUAAAGGUGGUUUGAGACCCAGUUUCAGACUGGUCUUUACACUGACUGGUUUCUGACUGAAGUUAUUUUGGACUAGAAGAAAAAUAAAUUUCAAACAAAUUUGUUUUGGCAGAAUCUUGAAAGACGCGGCAGAGCUUUUGUGAAUUCGGGAGGUCUCUUUUGUCUGUCUGUGUGACUUUAGACUUUCAGAUGUGGCUUUGGGCUUGGUUUUAGACUGGUUUCAGCCUAAUUCAAUUACCUAAUUUUAUCUUUGGUUUGAUCUGAUGCGGUUUCAGGGAUUAGGUUUAGAUCCACCUUUGGACGGAUUUCUAACCUGCUUUUGAAGAUUUCAAAACAUAUUUGAUUAAUUUCAUGGAUUUCAUGGCAGUUGAAGAAACUGAUUUAAAGCAUCGUUAAGAAGAUGAUGUAAUAAUAUGAAAGGAUGUAAUCGUUCAUGAGCUGAGUUUGAUGUUGAGCUUUGAGGUGUGGUGCAUGAUUUUCACUGCUGAUAUUUGAUUUUUAGCUCAGAAACAUGUGCAGCUCAGAUAAAACCGAUCAUUAUCAGUCAGUUCGUUUCCUUUGCACAGCUGUGACCUUAUUAGACGAGCUUCUGUUUGCUGACAGAGUUUAAUAAAACCUUUCGGGGGGUUUUGUGGCGGGCUCUACAUUUGCAAGAUGGCGGCCUUCCUCGCUGCAGUGUGGAAUUGAUGUUUGUGAGAUGCAGUAAAAGCUGCGAAGCCGAGGCCGAAGAUGUUCGUCUGAGUUGGGUUUCCAUCAUCGUGUUUCCUCUGAAGUGUGUUUCCAGCGUUCGGAGCCGGCUGGCCUUGUUUACUGGAGACUUUUGGGUUUGCAGGGGAAAGAAAGCGAGCAGUACCAGUCAGUCGCACCACGUGGUGGAUGGUUUUCCUUCCUGUGUGACGCACCCCUGAGAGCAGAUUAGCAUCACACUGUUCUUUGUGAUAACUCAGGAAGGUAAAAACCACCAGUUAUUUAAGAAAAUAGGACAGCCGGUUUCAUUUGAACAGCUUCCUCGUGUUCACGGCCUCGUGUGAUGAAGACGAGCACACGAGCGUUUGUCAAACUCAAACUUACUUGUUGUGGCAAAAUGAGUCCGAUUAUAAUGUGAGAUGAGCUUUCCUGGUCGUUCCUGACAAGUUUGUGAAAAUCUGUAUUUUGUAUGAUGUGCUGGUGCAAAAGAGACCUGCUGUCAAUGACCUGCAGACACCUCAGAAAAUCAAACCCUACCAAACUUCAGGAACGUAAACUGCUCUCUGCUCAGUUUCAGUGACUUGUUGUGGAGCGACAGAGGCCGCCCGCUAAUGUUAGCUAAUGUUAGCUAAUGUUAUCCAGGUUCCUGUGGCCGUCUGUACUUCAUGUAAAUGAUGACGGUACAUCAUUUACAUGAAGAACACGUAGAGACCCGAGUAUGUCAAAAUGUGACUUUAGUUUGGUCGUCUGAUCCCGCAGAGUCCCGGCUCACCGACGCACCGUCUGCUGGAUGAAGAUGCUUCUUCACGUCUGUGGGUGGAUGUUUGGGUCCAGGGUGUUGCUCCAGCAGGAAUUUGGUGUUUGUGAUGUGAUGUAACAUGUAUAUGGCCCAUCAUAAGCAUCGGUAUCACUUUUCAGAUUCAUGUCUUCUGCAGGUUUUGCUUUCUUUUUUCUGACCUUACUGCAGGUAACAGUCAGAGUUGAGCGGGUGCAGCAGCCCUCAGCUCUGCACACAUGCACUUUUCCUCCAGUGAUGUAGAAAUGUAGCAUGAAACCGUUUGUCAGCCAGACCACAAAGGUUUCUGGUUUUUAUGUCUCAUCCAGCGCAGUUCGGGUCGGCGUUAUGAACCCGAGGAGGACGGCUUUGAUCGCACGACUUCUGAACAUUUAGCUUCAAAAUCUGAAUUAAACUGAAGCUUUUGUUUUGUGUUUGAAGCCAGUGGAAAUUUGACUUGUUUGUGCAGCUUCAUUGGUGGAAGUUUCCAGUUGUUGUGUUCAAAAGCCGAGAAAAACCACAGAAUGAAAAACACCAAACUUCCAGAGAAGAGACGGCUCGCGGUAACAAUCCUCCAUGCUCACGUUUAAAGACUUGUUGUUGUGAGGAGCAGGUUUUUCACGGCUGAGACUCUGUUUCUUAUUCUAACCAGAAUGUGUGUGUGCACGUUUGUGGGACACUUCCUGCUUCCUUUUUUGGCAUUAAAUGGUGAAACACAAUCAUCGACAGAGAACAAGAGCUCACGCGCUCUGCAGGCCACCGGACGCCCGCUUCAGAUAAACAGGCUCAAACUAGAAGACGCUGCCUGUAAAACAAAGUCUCCAAUAUUUUGUCCUCCUGUAAAAACUGAAGAAAAAAACCCACUCAUCUGUUGAAAUGAGUGGAUUAGUCCAAACCCUAACCAUAACCCCAGGUGGGUCAGCACUGACCUGACACAGGUUUACGAGUUACUCUUAAUCCAAACAGAACAAAAGCACUCGGCCAGCGAAUCCUCCACUCGAGGGAAUUUUCUUUCUUUCAGGUUUAAAGAAAGUCCGGAUCAAAACGUGCUGCUUCGUCUUCACCCAGCUUCCGGAGAUUCAGCUUGUAGCCUUUUGAGUAACAAACAGCAGUGAAAACAUGACCUGAAAAGGAUUUUCACUCAGAGUGGAUUUGUAUUUUUCCCACUGCACUAACAAAUGCCCCCACGCCAUGACGCUGCCGCCGCCAUGCUAUAUAGCUCAUGACCAGCUCAUGACUGUGUGUGUGUAUUUAUAUAUAUUUAUAUAUAUCAUGAUGAAGAUUAAAGUUUUUAAUGACUAAAGCAAAAACCAAUUCCCAGCCAAUCGUCGUCACCACGAGCCUUGACCAAUCAGAUUGCUUUCAUCCGAUCCAGCCUUUGCUAAUUAUGUCUCAGUAACUCAGUCUGGCACGGCCUGGACUGCUCAACGCAGCAGAUGAUGUGAAUGCUUCUGUGAACAGGACAUCCUUUUAUUUGUUGACUGAUUAGAUCGAUAGCAGAUGUUCAGAUGUUCACUGGGAGUGAGGGGCACGGCUCAGAGUCAGAGAGGCUGAGACAGUCUGAGCAUGUGCAGAGGAGGGAGGGGGGAUGAUGACGAUGGAGCUGCAGGCAGGAGGAAGACCUCAGAGGAAGUUCAACAGUAAGCUGUUUGGUUUCCUGCUGUGCAGAUUGAUGACUGAUAACAAAGUGAAAGUAAACUUCAGAAUCUGAACAUCACUUUAGGCUCAAACACAUCUGAUAAAGUUCAGGAUUGUUUGUUGCAGGUUUGAUCAAAGUCUGCUUUAAAUAACUGAAGUUACUCGACCUCAGUCGUCCUUAUCUGCAGUGACGGAGGUUAAGACCUGACCUGUGAUCUUCUCCCUUCCCUCUCAGAUAAACCAUGGACUUCUCCUGGUUCCUUCUCCUCGUGUCGGCCGCCGUCUUCGUCUCCAUCGUCCUCCUGGCCGUCAUCUGUUUGGACUGCAGGAACAAAGGUCCACUGCGGUCCAUCCAACAAACAGCUUCAGAAGAGUACACAUCACCUGAAUUCAGAGUCAUCCAUGCAGCUCCUCUCUCCAUGCCGACUUCCAGAAGCCUUGCGAGCGGCAGCAUCAGCGUUGCCCAGCCGACCCUACCCCCGAACCCCGUCAUCAUUACAACCCCUCCACCUGACCCCCACCUGCGGCUUCCUUUUUCAACCAAACCUGAGCACAGACCUUACACCCCAACAGAAACUGGUGAGCCUGGAAAGGACAACGCAUUAUUUAAGUUGUAUUUUUCUGUUUUACCUUCUUACCCAAACCUGUUGCUCCAAUUCUGUCCUACAGAGAGCAACCCGAGUUAUGAGAAUCCAGAACCUGAGAAGGACGUUGACGAUCAUGAUAAUUACAUAGAGGUGUUACCCGACAAUCCGGAGGAGAGCAAAGGAGUCCCCGCGGACAUCGAGAGCCGAGCCUCGACGCCCAGUUCAGAUCAUAAUUACGUGAACCUCGAUGAAGAAGAAGACGACGACGAACCCUAUGAGAACGUGGCACCAAAAGGUAUACUGCACUGCGCACCCGACGCUAUGCUCCAACUGUCCGGUACCUUCCCCCGUCGUGCGACUUAUCAAAGGUCCACUCCAGGUUCAUCCGCUCAGAGCAGCGAAGACGAGUACGAGGAGUCCAACUACGUCAACCAACCUAUGGGACUAGUCAACCACUGACGACCACAUCGAGCGUUCACCUUCCUCCAUAACGACGCCCGACCAGUUUUUUUUGUUUUGUUUUGUUUUUUAAGCUGAACGACUGAGAAAAGAAACUGAGAUGAAGACCUGAAACACCUUCCUCCCCACUUCCUGCAGGCUCAGCAGUGUCAGUGCGAUCAGACUGACGGAGGCGUAAAACUGCACAUUUGAAACUUCCACUUUGGCCAUCAGAUACCUGGAAACCAGGUAAAUGCCAGCCGUGCUCUGGAGGAAUCCAUCCUGUUCCAACGGCGUCCUCGGUCCAAACAGGAAGUCAAGUUUCGCUUCUUUGGUUUUGUGUAAAUAUCUGCUGGAGUGUUUUUGGACCUUUACGCUGCAGUUACACUCGGGAACCUGGAGCGGCGCGACUCGACCGGAAAUGACAUGUAAUCUGUUUACGGUGAGGAUUUGUGUUUGUGUGGCGUAUCCGGCCCAAACGUCACUGCUCUGAAACAAAAACUGCAAAAUUACACACUCGGCAAUAAAAGCAGAAUACAACCGGCCGAGCGUCCCUGCGUCCAGACGAGCCCGAUCAUCGCGCCAGCCCGUCACAGCGACCGCAGACGGCCUCACGCCAGCCGGUCUCUGCCGUCACCUUAUUGCAGCUCCUUACUGCCGUCCCAUUUUCAAACCUGCUCCCCCUACAGGCUGGAACCGGAACAGGAAGUCAGUGUUCGGUUGAGUGGCGGCUGGUCGCUGUGCAGGUUUCCCCGAGCGUCACCAUAGAGACACCAUAGAGUAUUUAUAAGUCACGAAGGUGGGAACACUAAAUUAGGAUCCUGUUAUUCGCUUUUGUAGCAGCGACAAAUCCAGCAGUGCGAGGAGGCGUCAGAUCAGUUUCUCUCCCGUGACUCUGACUCACAGGUUUCUCUCUUUAAAUAUUUGACUUAAAUACGUUAGGUUUUAUUUCAUUGGUUAACUCUUCCUUUCACACGCCUCGCGUCAUGAGGGGCGACAUGUUUGAGCUUUACUUUGAUGACACCUCCUGAGAACGUUCUCAUCCAUCCAGUGUUUUUCAUGUAUUUAUGUGCAGUUGCUGUUUGCCGUCGUCUCUGGGCCUGUAAAAACCUGAGUGUGAGAACAAAUGUUUUUUAAAGAACUACAAAUUAAAUGUUUUAAAGAAAA